AUGUCCGCUAGCUAUUGGGAAUCAACUCAGCGUUUGAAAUGGCAGCAUACCCGGGAAAGUCUGUCCGCAGAAAGGCACCAGUUAUGGCUGUUGGAAUGCCAACUGUUUCCUCAAGGUUUGACUGUGACUAUGGAGAACACGAAAGGACUGGGCCAACCAAUGACCAGAACGAUUCCAAUCACCAAUUUCGACAUGCAUUACGGGAAGGACUAUAAUCUGAGGAUCUAUUGCUAUUUUUUGAUCAUGAAGCUGGGUCGCCGGCUGAACAUUAGACAGUACGCACUAGCCACUGCACAUGUGUAUCUGUCGCGCUUUUUGCUACGAGCAUCGGUUCGUGAAUGCAACCUGUAUUUGCUGGUAACGACGUGUAUUUACCUGGCAUGCAAAGUCGAAGAGUGCCCGCAACACAUUCGCUCUCUGGUCAAUGAAGCGCGCUCGCUCUGGCCGGAGUUUGUGCCUCCAGAUCCCACGAAAGUCACGGAGUUCGAAUUCUACUUGCUGGAGGAACUACAGAGCUACCUGGUCGUGCACCAUCCAUACCGAUCCAUGGAGCAGAUCGUGCAGGCGGUGCGGCUCGAACCGUACGCGUUGGCACUCUCCGCCGAGGAUCUUCAGAACACAUGGUCUCUGAUCAACGACAGCUUUAUCACAGACGUUCAUCUGAUCUAUCCACCGCACGUCAUUGCUAUGGCGUGCUUUUUCGUGAUAGUAUGUUUGCAAAAACCACAGCGGGUCAAGUACCAAGAAACCUUCAAUAGGUUUAUGGCCGAAUCGCAGGUCGAUUUGGCCGAGGUGAUGAACACCAUCCAGGAUCUGAUUGCACUUUACGACUGCUGGGACAAGUACAACGAGCCCUGGAUCAAAUUUUUACUACAUUCCCUGUAUUUGCGCAGAAGCUAG